GCGAAAUCCCGCACUAUUAUGGUGCGUCUCAUAUCAAUGGCCAUGACAGGCUACUACAGGACGUUGAUGAGACCGCGCGCGCAUCGCCCGUUGAGUAUGCUGAAGUAUGAUCCGAUCGUCCGGAAACAGGUUCUUUUCCUCGAGGCAAAACGCGGGAAGAAAUAA